AUGUCUACCGCAUCAGUACAACCUCCCGUUAUCCCUCCCCGACCUUCUAGGAGUCAGGACAGGGAGGACAACACAAAUACUUCGUCUCUCCCCAAGAUCCCUCCUCGUCCCAUCAAGCGUUUCGACCGCUCCGUCUCCCCGAAUCCCGAUCGCUUUGCGCCCUCGCCCCUGAACGAGAGUCCGUUCUCCAGGAGUCCCAAGGCCACCCGCUCGUCCCCGAGCAAUGGCUUCCUGUCCUCACAAGAUCCCAUCCACCACCGCCCUGGCAGUGUUUCAAUGCCUUCGGUCGGUGAGGAGGGCAACGAAUACGAUGUUGUCAGCGAGGGUUUGAACAAGCCGCCUGCCUCGCCUGAGCAUACCCGCUUCGCUGCCGAGGAUCUCAAGCUCCAUGCUCCCAAGCCCACUGUUCCGGCACAGAGUGCGAAGCAGAGGGUUAUGGCCGUGACCCGCACCGACUCCGACAAGGCUGCCUCUUACGGCAUUGGCAAACCUAGUAGCGAAGAAGCCACCAGACCUAGCAGUCUUAGGAGGAAGGCCAGCUCUAGUGGUAUGUCGCAGAAGUCAGAGAGUGCCUUUGGCGACGAGGAGCAUGGCAUUCCUGAAAUCGGCCAGCGUGUGCCUAUGAACCCCAACCUUGGCGAUGUCCAGGCCCCGUCCCCUGCGCCGGGCUCCGGCACCACCGAGGGGUUCCGCUCGGCGACUCCUCGUCACCAUUCUCGCAAGCAUAGUUCGCGCGGUUUCAACGAGCUUCCUCCUGGUAGCUAUGGCCUUCACGGCCAUACUUCGGCGCCUCCCAAGGACAAGUUCGAGAAGGCUUGGUACGAGAAGCAUCCUGAUUUCCUGAAGAAGGACACCAAGCCUUCUCUGCACGAUCGCCAAAAUGACUAUGCCUUGAGCAGUACAGAUCUGAACAAGAUCGUGAAGGAGACUCACAGCCGAGGCUCCGGAAUGGGCACUUCCGCUGCGUAUGUCGGUACUCCCAGCGAGGAGGUUGGAUACCAGGCGUCUGAGGAGUAUACUUCUCGUAUUUCUUCUCCCGAGCUUCAGCGCAUCAAGUCUCCCCUUAGCCCUCUGAGAGACUCUCAUCCCGAGGUUUCAGUCUCGUCGCCCGAAAACGCCGCCACCCCAGGAAGCGACGAGGGCACAAUUCAUGUCGAUGAAUCUCACAACCGCCGCAGGAGCUUCAUUUCUUAUGACUCUGGCCACGAGAACAAGUACAACGCACCUAUCCUAGCUGAGGAUGAGCUUGAAAAAGACGUGCACCCUUAUGACCUUCAGCCGGCCGUCGAGCCCCCACCAGAACGCUCCGGCAGUGCCUUCGAGAUCGAGAAGGCACCGAGUAGGCCUUCAAGCCGACCCACCAGUCUCUACAACAAUCAGUCCCAGACGGAGCUGACAUCGACUCCUCUGGAAGACGUCGAAGAGUACGAGCCGCUGUUCGAUGAGGAUGGCACGGAGGUCAAGAAGUCCGAGUCCGAGGCAAACACGUGGAAGCCUCGCCACAAGUUCCCGAGUAAGGACGUUUGGGAAGACGCCCCCGACAGCGUGAACUACACCGCUGAAGUAUCGACCCCUGAGCCGACGGACAACGAACGUCCUUCCUCAAGACGCCGUUCCGAACUCCCCACUGAGAACCCUGCCCUUGAAUUUGCUCGCAAGCAAGAAGAGCUUGCAGAGCAGGAAGCCCGCGGCAUCCAUUCCAAGGAGAAGAAGCUGGUACCCAUUGCCUUGCAACAAGCCAAGGAGGAAGCUCGCCCGGCGCCGAACCGCUUCCCAAGUCGCGACGUCUGGGAGGACACCCCGGAAAGUUUGAUGCACGAGGCUGUUGUCGAUACUCCUGAGCCAACCGAGUCCCCGGUUGAGAAGCCCUACGUACCAGCUCGCCCCCAAAAGAAGGGUUCUGAGUCUAGUGCCACUGCGGAACCACCUUCAAUUCCCGAGCGUCCAAGGCCUAAACACACCCUAAGCAGCGACGACAAGUCGAAACCCGCGGUUUCGGAGAAGCCUAAGCCUCAAAUCCCGGCCCGCCCUACCAAGACUCUCCCGUCCGGUACCGAUUCUAAAGAGCAAGAUUCUGCCCCGAAGCAGAAGCCUGCCGUUCCUGCCAGGCCUGCUGGAGGCAAGAUUGCGGCCCUUCAGGCUGGUUUCUUGUCCGAUCUUAACAAGCGCCUGCAAAUUGGCCCUCAAGCCCCCAAGAAGGAUGAGCCACCUGCGGCAGAUGUUGAAGAGAAGGAAAAGGCGCCGCUCUCUGAUGCUAGGAAAGGACGUGCUCGCGGCCCCCAACGCAGGGCUCCUGCAGCAAAGAGCCCCGCCCCUGCCGCCGAGACCAAAUCGGGACCUACUUUGUCCUUCUCUCCACUGAGAACUUGCUGGAGUAUUGGUGACAGUGGAGUCCUCGAAGUUGAAGAAGCAUCAAAAUCGGAGCCUACCAAGGAGUCAGCCACCGAGGUCGAUAGCUCCCCGGUGAAAACCAAGGAAGUCGAGUCAGUCGCAGAAUCAGUCGAGCCUGAGACCAAGGCGGACGUGGUUGCGGAAGACCCGGUCGCUAAGGAGUUGUCUGAAGAGAAGUCUGAAGAAGAUAAGGUCGAAGUUGCCGCAUCCGUUAAAACCAAGGUCGAGGCACCGAAGGAGGAGGUCAAGACCCUUGCUGCCAACACUGCUGGUGAGCCUGUGAUUGAGGCAACCCUGUCGGAAAAGAAGGACGAUAUCGAGCCCGUCGAGGUGAAGCAGACGGGAGGUGAGGCAGCAUAA